CGAAUCCAAAUAUCGCGCAAGCGCUCAGUAGGCGAGAGGCUCAUAAGGAUCGGCCAGAGGUUUUAACUGGCAGAACACUUGUGUAUGGGAAUCUCAAACACAACAAUAUAUUGUUGCUCUCUCUGUCCAAAUAUUUAAGGAGUGAGAAAAUACUUUCUUUGCAACACCAGCAUAUCUGUUUUCAAUCCUUGGAGAUGAAGAAUUAUUUCAUCACAGCUGGCAAUAUAUUUUGUGUCUGAAAUGAAGUUUUCUGUUGUAACUCAGUGAAAUCCACUGGAACCGGGGUGCUGAGAACACACCAGCAUUUGUUCACUGGAGAUCAGUUCUUCAACUGCAUUGAUUGUACAAGGGAUUCAAACAUCUGAUUUUCUGAAUUGCCAGAGAAUUGAUUGCAGUGAGAUAUCAUUCUCCUUCUCUCAGUGUGGGAUGGGAUUCACUCACAGCCUACCCACAGACACGCCAGUGAGUUCACAGUGGGGAGUGGACAUUCACCUGCUCUGUGUGUGGAACUACUCUGUCAUCCAGCCUGAAGAUAUAUCAGCAAGUUCACAUCAUAGUGUGAUGCUCCACCUUUUCUGACUGCGGGAAGCAAAUCAUUCUGUUAUUGAUGCUAAAGCUCACCUGUGAGAGGACAGUGACCUGCUCAGAUGUGGGAAGGCACUCACACAAUCAGCCACACCACAGUGACACCAGCAAGUUCAAACUGGGGAGAAAUCAUUCACCUGCUUUGAAUGUGGGAAAGGGUUCAGUCCAGUCAUCUCUACUGAAUGAACAUCAGCAAGUUCACACUGAGAAGAUGCCGUUCACCUGCACAGACUGUGGGAAGGGAUUUACUCACUCAUCCAAACUACAGAGACACCAGCGAGUUCACACUGGGGAGAGGCCUUUCACAUGCUCUGAAUGUGGGAAGGGAUUCAGUCAGGCAAAUCACCUGCUAGAACAUCAGUUUGUUCACACUGGGGAGAGGCCAUUCACCUGCUCAGACUGUGGGAAGGGGUUCACUCGGCCAUCUCAUCUACUGAGACACAAGUUAUUUCACACUGGGCAGAAACCUUUCACAUGCUCUGAAUGUGGGAAGGGAUUCACUUCAUCAUCUCAACUGAAUGUGCAUCAGCGAAUUCACACCGGGCAGAAACUGUUCAGCUGCUCUGAAUGUGGGAAGGGAUUCACUCAAUCAUCCAAACUUGUGAGGCACUACCGAGUUCACACUUGGCAGAGGCCCUUCACUUGCUCAGAAUGUGGUAAGGAAUUCACUCGGUCAUCUCAACUGAAGGCACAUCGACAACUUCACACUGGAGAGAGGCCAUUCACGUGCUCUGAAUGUGGGAAGGGAUUUACUCGGUCAUCUCAGCUGAAGAUACAUCAACGAGUUCACACUGGGGAGAGGCCAUUCACGUGCUCUGAAUGUGGGAAUGGAUUCACUCAGUCAUCUCAGCUCUUGAGUCACCAGCGAGUUCAUACUGGGGAGAAACCAUUCAUCUGUUCAGAAUGUGGUAAGGGAUUCACUCGGUCAUCUCAACUGAAGGAACAUCAGCGAGUUCACACUUGGGAGAGGCCAUUCUCCUGCUCUGAAUGUGGGAAAGGAUUUGCUCGGUCAACUCAACUGAAGGUACAUCAGCGAGUUCACACUGGGGAGAGGCUAUUCACAUGCUCCGAAUGUGGGAAGGGAUUCACUCAGUCAUCUCAGCUCUUGAGACACCAGCGAGUUCACACUGGGGAGAAACCAUUCAUCUGCUCAGAAUGUGGGAAGGGAUUCACUUGGUCAUCUCAACUGAAGGAACAUCAGCAACUUCACACUGGGGAGAGGCCGUUCUCCUGCUCUGAAUGUGGGAAGGGAUUCAUUCGGUCAUCUCAACUGAAGGUACAUCAGCGAGUUCACACUGGAGAGAGGCCAUUCGCAUGCUCCGAAUGUGGGAAGGGAUUCACUCAGUCAUCUCAGCUCUUGAGACAUCAGCGAGUUCACACUGGGGAGAAACCAUUCAUCUGUUCAGUAUGUGGGAAUAGAUUCACUUGGUCAUCUCAACUGAAGGAACAUCAGCGAGUUCACACUGGAGAAAGGCCAUUCACCUGCUCAGACUGUGGGAAGGAGUUCACACGGUCAUCUGACUUGAAAGUACAUCAGCUUAUUCACACUGGGAAGGAACCGUUCACCUGCUCAGAUUGUGGGAAGAAAUUCACACGUUUAUCUGGCCUUAAUGUACAUCAGCGAGUCCACACUGGGGAGAAACCAUUCACCUGCUCAGACUGUGAGAAGGAGUUCACACGGUCAUCUGACUUGAAAAUACAUCAGAGAGUUCACACCGGGGAGAGGCCAUUUGCCUGCUCAUAUUGUGGGAAGGGAUUCACUCGGUCAUAUCAACUGAUUGAACAUCAGCGAGGUCACACUGGAGAGAGGCUCUUUCCCUGCUCUGAUUGUGGGAAAGGAUUCAAUCGGUCAUCUCAAUUGAUUGAACAUCAGCGAGUUCACACCGGGGAGAAACCAUUCAGAUGUUCUGAAUGUGGGAGGGGAUUCACUCAGUCAUCCAGCCUUGUGAGGCACAGCCGAAUUCACACCGGGGAGAAACCAUUCAGUUGUUCUGAAUGUGGGGAGGAAUUCACUCAGUCAUCUGACUUUAAAGUACAUCAGCAAAUUCACACUGGGGGACCCCACUCACCUGUUCAGGAUAUGGGAAAGGUUUCACUCAGACUUCUCAACUGAAUGAACAUCAGGGAGUUCACACUGGGUAGAAGCCGUUCCAUCUGUUCAGACUGUGGGAAUGAAUUCACCCGUUCAUCUCACCUACCAACACACCAGACUGUUUUCAGCAGUGAGAGGACUUCGACCUGUUCAGUCUGUGGGAAGGCAUUCUCAUACUUGACCACAUCGCAGAGACAGUGGCAGGUUCACAAUGUGGUGAGGGCGGUGACAUGCUCUGAAUGUGGAGUGGAUUUCAAUCAGUCAUUCAUCCUUGUGUCGCCAUAUCGAGCUUUCACCCAUCAGAGAGAUCAGAAGCUUGAGAGGACGUUUGCCAAUCGAGCAUUAAAAGCAAUGGAUCAAGGCAGGUUAUUUUUGAGUUUUCAGUAGUGGCCAAUUAGCACUUAGGAUUGAAUAUCAAGAAGUCAGGCAGGAUCAAAUGGAGCGGACAGGGUUGGAGCAGAGACUCCAAGGCUUUACCUCUUUGAGGUUUCAGUGAGGAGAGCCUUCAGUCAGAGAAGGCAAAAUUAUCCUGCAGGUGGAAUUUCCCCCCCCCCCCCCCCUUCACAUUUGCUCAGCUAGAACAGUUGAAAUGCCAGGCAGGAUAGUGGAAAGCUCCUCUUGUGGGAUGUGGGAAGUCAGGGGACCCUCCUGUGUCCCUGACAACUACACCUGUGAGGAGUGCAUCUAGCUGCAGCUCUGAACAAUCCAGAUGAAGGAGUUGCAGCUGGAAGUGGAUGAACUCCAGAUCAUUCGGGAGGCUGAAGGGGUGAUAGGUUGGACAUAUAGAGAGGUAGUAGCAGCCAAGGUGCAGGCACAGGAAACUGGGUGACAGUCAGGAGGGGAAAGGGGGAAGUGCAGUUUACCCCAGUGUCCAUCCCCCUGAACAACACAUAUAUCACUUUAGAUACUGUUGGGGAUGGUGGGAUACCUAGCAAAGGAAGGUCACAGCAGAAGGGUCUCUGGUUCUGAGACUGAGAAGGGAAGGGUGGAGAGGAGGCGAGCUGUGGUCCUAGGUGAUUCGUUAGCAAAGGUAACUGACUGGAUGUUCUGUGGGUGAGAAUGAGAUUCCAGGGUGGUAUGUUGUCUCCUGUGUGCUAGGAUCUGGGACAUCUUGGUUUGAGUGCUCAGCGUUCCUCAGGAGGGUGAAUAGUGAAGGUCGUGGUCUAUGUGGGUCCCAAUGAUAAAGGCUGGUAAAGUAACGAGGUUCUGCAAAGGGAGCACAGGGAGUGAGGUGCUUAGUUCAAGGGCAGCUCAUCCAGGGCUGUGACCUCAAGAUUGCCUUCUAUGUCAGGUGCCAGGAAUAGGAAGAAUAUACUGUUUAACACGUGGCUAAGGAGUUGAUGUAGGAGGGAGGGCAUAAGAUAUUUGAAUGAUUUUAGCCCACAAGGAUUGCUGUGUGCACAGGAGUGUGAGUGCAUUGGGGGAGAUGGAACAUCGUUGAUGGAGGGUGAGUGGGCAGACAAGUCUCUCUCUUUCACAAACACAUGCAGUGGAGAGUGAGAGUGGGGAGUGAGAAGGGAAAAGGGGAAUGAGGAGGAUGGAGUGAGGGCUCCUUAACAAAGUCUCAGACUUAUCCCACCCUCCCCCAUUCCCUUCCCCAGGCUGGGGCUGAGGAUUGAGUUGCCUUGCAACAAGAAAAUGAAUUGUUCAAUAGCAUCUGGUUAACACACUUUGAUAAUAAAUUUACGUUGAAUUUGAACGUUGAAAUGUAUUGUUUGUAAAAUGUACUGAUGAGAAAUGGUCUCAGUGAAGGUCCGAGAGUGGAAAGUGAACCCGUGUUCAGCCCCACGGCUCCGUGCCAAACAAGAACCCCUAUCAGAGUCUGUCCCAUCUGUCUGUGCUUGACACGUCUCACUCUAAAGUUUCCUCUUUCUGUCCCUGUCCCAGUGUCUUCUAUUUUCCUUCUCAACCCCUUUCUUCUCCCCAUAACCUUUGACGCCUUUACUAAUCAAGCACCGAUCAAUGUCUGUUUUAAAUAAACCCGAUGACUUGGCCUCUGAGCCGUCCGUGGCAACGAAUUCCACAGGUCCCUCAUCACCCUAAACGCAUGAUCUCUGGGAUUAGACAUUGUGACCCGGAAGGUUAAAUAUCUAUACAGCCAUCUACUCUAUUGAGAUCUUUCGUAAUCUGAUCAAACUCUUUCAGGUCACCCUGAGCCUCCUCCACUCCAAAGAAAGCAGUUUGUCCAAACUCUUCUUACAGAGUAGCUCAUGCCACUAAUCCAGACUUCUUGGUGACCCUCUUUGUUGCUACCCUAAA